AUGGCGACCAAGACAGAGACAGGACGCCGAGACAUCCGCUUAUUACCUGUACAUUUACUGGGACAGGAGUCGGCGAUCAAACAUCCAUGGCCGCUGCCCUUCCCCGAUCUCGAUAUCACGCAAGACACCGAUGGCUCGCUCUUCCAGACAGCGUCCCAUCUGCCAUCAGAGCUCCACGUAAUGCUUGAUGAUCACGAGAUCGCAGGGCAAGAUCCGCUAUACGCACUUGCACCUAUACUCUUGUUCGCAGCCGCCUCGGAGAUUCAGCUACUAUCAACACUUCAAAAAUGGUACGACAUAAUCGCAUCGACGAAAUGGGAUCGGAAGUACUCAACGGAGCAUCUGGAACAACUCAUAAUGCACAAACACCUCCUGGAUGACCACGCAAGUCGACAUGAAGAAGUUAUACGAUUCAUCAGCUCGCCAAAAUUAGCUCGAUGGGCAGCCAACCUCACACAAGAUCAGAGCGAUGUAGCUCAGGAAGCCAAAGAUGCAGUCAAGGCUGACUACGAGUUCCUCCGAUCGCGAUGCCGCCAGCUGUCGCUACACUACCAGGAAGCGAUAUCAAUCCUAGUUAGCGCUACUUCACUUGCAGAAUCUCAGAAACAGAUCACGCUAGCCACCCAGGUCACGAAGCUCACUAUACUCGCGACUAUCUUCCUCCCACUUUCGUACUGCACUUCGAUAUUCGGCAUGAACUUUGUUGAGCUGGAGCAGUUGAAUAUAUGGAUCUGGGUGGUCGUCACAGUGUCGGUUGGGAUCGUCACUUUCGCUGUUUAUCAGUGGGAUGAAAGGCAAAGACUGUGGGAUUUCUGGGCUAAGGCCAAAGCUAGGAUUCGACUGGCUCGCUGGCAACGCGAUACCUCCGCGGCAGUGUAA